AUGAAUGUUCUAGAACUCCUGACCUACUCAAACAUGCUCCUGGUGCAGGGUACCUAUGCGAGCAUCUUUGUCCAGUCCAUGCCUCCGUUGCUGGUUCAACGCUUCAUCCUCAACCUCCGCCAGCUCAGCCAUACCGGCCAGGCUAGCAGUGCAAGCAUCCCGGAUGAGCAGCACUUGUCGCGCAUCCCUGUGAGCUUCAGAGUUCCCUCUGAUUUUCUAGGGAAUGUCGGCGAGCCUCUGGACCAUGGCGCACCAGAGCGAGCCUCUGAACUUGACGAUGGCGAUGACGGCCGCUGUGCGGCAGAAGAGCCGCGAGAUGGUCUAGAAUCAGGUCUCGCGCAGCCGGCAGGCCCGCCGACCACACGCCGAGAAGAACUCACGGGAUCUGACGCUCUGGUGCUGCGUUCCGUCGAACGUAUAAGCGAAGGGGACGACGCCGAGUUGUCUAAUUUUCCUGCGCCGAACGGUAACUGA